AUGAACUGGAACGUACCACUUCUCACCUUUUGCAUCGUCGUGUCCUUGGUCCAGACGGUCUUUGCUCGAAUCGCUUGCAUUUCGAAAAAGCAGUGCGAAGAUGCCCUGCUACCGAGAAGUGACUGCGGAUCCGAUGGCUAUUGUACAAACCCUUUUACUGUUGGCGGAUGCCUAGAGAACCUAUUGCCAGAAGACCAUCCGUCCGCCUGCAAGAAAGUACGCGUUUGCAACUCGGAAGACGAUGAGAUGACGGUGCGGUCGGGCCAUUGUCGGCAACCAAAUCCAGAGUUUGAACACAUGGAGAUACGAAUACUUGCUCAAAACUGGGAAAGCUCCUACAUCAUGACCUGGUUGCUACAGAUACUUCUCUCGGAGAUGCUGGAUGUUCCCACCACGGUGGAGACUGGAACUCCAAAUGCCAAGCUGAACUUUUAUGAUGCUUCAAGCCCCUUAGACUAUGGAAUAUCCAAUGACUGGAAUGCAUUCACCACGGCCAACCGAGUGGUCGAUUGCCGAC